UGGCAUUGUACAGUACUCCCAAAAUACUGCAUAUUUUAUUUUGGAUAUUAUUUGCUUCUUCCUUCUGGCUUCAACCAUUCAUCUUCAAGCUGCAAAUGGCUAGAGCCUCCAUAGGCUCCGCCGUGGCCCCUGUUUCCUCCUCCUUUCGUCCCUUCUCUCUCCGGCCAUUAGUCUCUGUUUUCCGUGUUAGAAGCUGCAGCACAGCUCCCGGCGCCGUCGCAGCCAAAACGCGCUUAAUGUCUGACAACCUCAUUCCUCACCCCUCACUGGAAGUCGUCGGCGGAGCUCGAGAUGCUUUCCUUCCCGCAUUGAAAUCCCUUCAAAGUCCCUAUCAUCCAUACCCUAUAAUCGGUUGGAAUCGCCACGCGGAGACAAUUUUCGCGGCCUUCUUCCGGUCCCUCCCCGACCUCAGACUUCGGCGAGAGUGUCUGCGCACCAAGGACGAUGGUUCCGUCGCCCUAGACUGGGUUGCUGGAGACGACCGCCGCCUGCCGCCGGAUUCUCCUGUGCUCAUCCUACUGCCAGGCCUGACUGGGGGGAGCCAGGACACUUACGUUAGGCAUAUGCUGGUGAGAGCUAGAACUAAAGGUUGGCGAGUUGUAGUCUUCAAUAGCAGAGGCUGUGGAAAUAGUCCUGUCACCACUGCUCAGUUUUAUUCAGCUUCAUUUCUUGGUGAUAUUUAUGAAGUGGUGGCACAUGUUGGUAGUCGCUAUCCAAAUGCCAACUUAUAUGCUGUGGGAUGGUCUCUUGGAGCAAAUAUUCUCGUUCGAUACCUUGGACAGGAAUCUCAUUCUUGCUCUCUGUCCGGUGCUGUGUCCUUGUGCAAUCCUUUCAACUUGCCUAUUGCAGAUGAAGACUUCCGUAAGGGCUUUAACAUUGUUUAUGACAAAGCACUAGCAAAUGCUCUCUGCAAAAUUUUCAAAAAGCAUGCUCUUUUAUUUGAAGAUAUUGGAGGUGAAUAUAAUAUCCCAUUAGCUGCUAAUGCCAAAACUGUCAAAGAAUUUGAUGAAGGAAUAACAAGAGUUUCAUUUGGAUUUAAGUCAGCGGAUGAUUAUUAUUCAAACUCAAGUAGCUCAGAUUCAAUUAAAAGUGUCUGCAUUCCUUUACUUUGCAUCCAGGCUGCAAAUGAUCCAAUUGCUCCAUCAAGAGGAAUCCCUCGAAAGGAUAUUGAGGAAAACCCAAAUUGUUUGCUGAUAGUCACACCUCAAGGUGGCCAUCUUGGAUGGGUGGCAGGUUCUGAUGCCCCAACCGGAGCUCCCUGGACCGACCCCAUUGUGAUGGACUUCCUAGACAGUCUUGUGCAAGCUAAAUCUGCUGUUGAUUUGGAGGUUGCGAAUGGGAGUGUUACAGAUGCCACCAACACCUUCACGGGUACGCUCAUAAAUAACGAGAAACAAAAUUCAAUUUUAACACAUGAUGCCUGAUGUUAUUAAAUCAUUUGUAUAGAUUAUUGCAUUGCAUAAAUGCGAUCUUAUUAUACUGGCCGCUCCUUUUUUGUGGUGGGUCCGACUGAUAAUUAAGCAUAUUCAUUCGUUUAUCAUGUGGCUAUUUGUGGGCAAAUUAUACAGCUGUGUGGGCCACGGUCUAAAACGACUUCGUUUUGAUGUUUAAAAAAAACUUCUCGCUUCACACGUGUUGGUUUAGGACUUUUGAGAUGCCCACGGAGGUCCAACACAACCGGAAGUUGGUGGAUUCACCGGAAAGUAUAUUGCAAAAGUGAGGUGAAAAAUGUAAUGCCUAAGAAGGAUAGUACUAAGAAUGCUUUGAAAUGGUGCCUUAAGUGUAUCAGAAUUUCUUGAAUUGCCUCCAAA